AUGUUGACUAAUCAGGCUUCCCUACGCUCUGCGUUCCUUUGUCUCAAGCUUCAGCCGGCAGCUCUGGCGCCAAGCACGUCAAUGUCAGUGAUUCUCGCACCGCUCCAGACAGUCCUUCAACCUCGAGCAUACAGCGCCCUCACAGCAACUUUUCGCGCGCCGAGAAGAGGGCACGCCCGUUCAAAGACCUCAUUGAGCUCCCAUCAGCUCCGCUUCGCCUCUGCAUCCACCAUCUCUACCCCUCCACCAGCACCUUCCAAACAGCACUUAGCCUCACGAAAAACGCCUGCCCUAGAACCAGCAACCACCACUCACCCCGCAACCUCCGCCGAAUCCACCCCCUCAGGCACUAUCCCCACCUCUGAUCUUCCCGAUCCUACCACAAGCUACGCCGCUCCUAUUGCCUCCAUCCCCAACCAGAAACAACCACUAACCUGGAAUGCCUUCCUCCGCCUCCGACGAAUUCGUCGUCGCUACAACCUCAUUUCCUCCAUUGCCCUCGCCUCAGCCACGACUGCUGGUGGCGCUUUCGUGAUAGGAGAUGAAAGCAGGAGUAUGGAGACCUUCAACAUUAUGGGAAUAGACCCAAUAUUCGUGAUGGGGUUUGCGACCCUAGCUUGCGGGGCCGUGGGAUGGCUGGCUGGGCCAGUGGUGGGGAGUGGGAUCUUUGGAAUAGUGUAUCGGAGGUUGGGUCCGGAGAUGGCUGCGAAAGAGAAAGAUUUGUUUCAACGCAUCAAGAAGCAGCGGGUCGAUCCCUCGAAUUCUUCGAGUAGUAAUCCCGUGCCGGAUUAUUACGGAGAGAAGAUUGGGAGUGUGGGACAGUAUCGGACUUGGUUGAAGGAUCAGAAGGCGUAUAAUAGGAGAAAACAGAAGGACUUCGUAUGA